UUUAAGCUCUUUCUAUACUAGGACAAUAUUAUAAUUUAUAAUACGAUAUUACUAUUUUCUUGCAUUCUCUUUUCCUUCUUCUCUUCGUCCUCUGCUGUAUCUGUGUCUCGUCUAUUAUAUUAUAGUAUGUUCGCUGGCGGGUGGUGCAGAGAUACGUUUAGUUUUUGUUAUUUUAAAUUAACAUUUUAAAGUCUACUCUUGUUAAGAUUUAUCUAUAAUAUAAUAUUUAUUUAUUGUAUCUAUGUCAAACGACGAUGAUUCUUUCCACUCAGCUGACUCUUCGUUAAACGACAGUUACAGUUCUACAGCGGGAACUCUGGGUGACUUGGUGCGACAAUCGUUUGUAUCUCAGCCCCGGAAAUUUUUAAAUAUAUGUCACAUCAAUGCUCAGAGUGUCCCUAGUCACUACAGUGACUUAUUUGACACCUUCGCUGAUGCUGACGUUCAUGCCGUCCUGAUUUCCGAGACUUGGCUCAAGCCUCACCUUCUUUCUACCACUUAUCCUCUUCCCGGCUUUAUUCUAAUUAGGAAUGAUCGCGUUGGGAAAAGGGGCGGUGGUGUAGCCAUCUACCUCAAAAGCGGCCUCUCCCACAAAAUUCUUGUUUCCUCCCCUGCAAACUCUGCCACCGCUGAAUUUAUCUUCAUCGAAGCAUGUGUGAAUGGUGCCAAAAUUGUUCUAGGUGUCGUUUACUGCCCCCCCUGUGUUGACUACUUCUCCAGUAUCGAGCCGGUACUGGAAUCUUUAGGGUCUGAAUAUCAACAUAUUGUUAUCAUGGGCGACUUCAAUACCGAUCUCCUAUCCCACAGUUCCUCUCGUUCCCGCAAACUCCUCGAUAUUACCCGCUCCGCCAGUCUUCAUGUUCUUCCCCUACAAGCCACUCACCACAAUCCCGACGGGCAUGACACCUGGCUCGACCUGAUCCUUACAUCCUCCCCGCCUCUUGUUUCAUCUUUUGGUCAGUAUCCUGCUCCUGGUUUCUCCCAUCACGACCUUAUCUAUCUCUCCUAUAUCCUCAAACCUCCCAAACCAAGUCCAAAAGUUUUGCACUUGCGUUCCUUUAGACGUAUGGACGUAGAGAAGCUGCGUAGAGACGCCUCAAAUGUCAACUGGGAAGGACUCAAACAAGCCGCUACCGUCUCGGAGAAGGUUGCAAUUCUUAAUCAACAUUUAAUUAAUUUAUAAGACACUCAUGCGCCUAUCCGCAAGGUGAAAUUGAAGCGCCCACCUGCCCCCUGGAUAACCCCUGGAGUUCGUAUGGCCAUGAGACGUCGGGACAGGGCUUUUCGAAGAUUUCGGAGGGAGCGCUGCGACGAG